AGCAACUCAAAAACAAGCUAGGGAGGGAGUGUGUGUUCAUUGUUCAGCUGAGGAAUUGGAAGUGAAACUCACAUGUAAACUGUCCACGAAAAAAAUACCAUUGCAAAGAAUUGCACUGGAUGGCUGGUUGCUGUACAGCUCUAAAUUCUCUGUGGCGAGAUUUUCGCCUGUCCACAGCAGUAAACGUCGAUUUAUGUGUUUUAUCACCAGUGUGCAGACAUGGACCGUCAAAAGCGCCAGGAGGGCAUUCAGAACGCCCUGGGAUUCAUACAGUCUUCUUUGCCUUAUCCAAAGCCUGAAGGCUAUAAGGGGUUUCUGACCCAGUUGGUGUGUAACUUGCUUGAUGAGGGGAAUGCAAUGUUCAGGGAGGGUGAGUGGCAGCAGGCCAUAAAGGACUUCAGUGAGGGUGUUAACGUGGCCCACUAUGCCCAGGCUGAGUCUCUAGAAAUUCCCUCAGCCCUGCUGGAGAGUCUGUAUUUCAACAGGGCAGCAGCCUACCACAGCAUGGGGGAGUAUGAGCAGGGUGUGCAGGACUGUGACAGUGCGCUGGCUCUGUGCAAAGACAGUUGCAGGGCACUCUACAGGAAAGCUCUAUGCCUCCGGGAGCUGGGCCGUUUCAGAGAGGCCUACAACUGCAGCACGGGCUGCCUGCUCACUACGCCUAAAGACAAACAUGUGUAUGAGUUGGCACAGGAGCUAGCUAACAAACUGGGCCUGAAGAUACGCAAAGCCUACAUUAGCACACAGGAGUCGGCCACAUCUGAGAAAAGUAAUGGGAACUCAGCUCAUUUUGCAGGAGAGAUGUAUGGCAGUGGUCUGGAUUCCUUAAGUGACAUCUCAUCAGUUGGUAUCUCCUGCAAGCCUCUAUCCGCCGCUAUCCCAGUUAGUGAUGAAUCCUCUCCCUCUGGUCCUCCGGUCUACUCCAAACUUCUGGGUAGCCCUGUCCAAGGCCCCCGGCGGUUGCCCAUCUCUGUGCCUGAGUCGGAGAACCUGGGUGACAGUGAGCUGAUGGGAGACGAUCUAGACAGCCUGCUGGACUGUAUUCCCCCCCAACGUGCCUUUCCCAUCAUCCUCCCCAGCUCAGCUUGUGUCCCAUUUCCCUCACGCCUGCCCGCCCCCUCGCCCCGGCUCCCCCCAGCCUUCUUCAACUCAGCCAUCAGCCAGCUCAACUCUCUGGACACAUUCCCAGGCAUGGGUGGGGGGGAUGCCCUGGGUGCUCUGAAAUCUUUAGAUGGCCUUGAUGCACUAGACUCUCUAGAUACUUUAAACAACCUGGACUCCCUUUCAGGCCUUGGUGGUGGGGAUGCCCCGGCUCCCACAACAGCACUCUAUUCACUUGAUGCCUUAGAUGCCCUUGACAGUUUCUACCCACUUGGGGGUGCAAUAGCAGCCAAACCAGUGGUGGUGGGGGGAGGGGGGCUGGACUCCCUCUCUGAGUUCAACCUGCCUGGUGCAAGAAUCUCCCACAAUGUUCUCUCUGCAACACGUUCGCCCAAGAAGUCCAACCACACAGUGGUAAAGAAUGGCCAGGUCUCCUCCAAGCUUUCUCAGCUGACCAAGAACCCCCUAGCAGCCACCCAUGACUUCAUGCAGGCCUGUGCCACGUGCUACAGCUGGAUAGGUCCAGGGGUCCUGGACUACCAGCACCAGGCAGAAUUGGCCCACCGUUGUAAGCGGGACAUUCUUCUGUGCAGGAUCAGGGCUACAGAGCACCCUGUCUGGAACAGGGUGCGACCCCGCCCCACGCACAAUUUUACUGGGCCGUUUGUGCUCUGCAAAGAGGUACUGGAGACUCAGAAGUGUAAGUAUAGGGAGGGCUGUACAUUUGCCUACUGCCAGGAGGAGGUAGAUGUGUGGACCCUGGAGAGGAAAGGAGCCCUGAACAGAGAGCUGUUGUUUGACCCGCAGAGCCCCAACAAUGACAGGCUCAGCAUCACAUGCCUGCUGCAGCUCCACAACGGCAUGUUCAUGUACCUCUGUGAGGAGUGCUAUGACAGUAAGCCCAGGAUCAUCAGUAAGCACAGCAAGGAGGUGCCGUCCACCUGCUCCAACCCCUGCGCCCGACACCCUUUCGACAAAAACAAGUGCCUGGUGCAUGCGGUGAGGUCCAGCAGCGUGCACUACACUAAGAUCCGCCCGCUGUACACCCAGUGCCAGUUGGACGUGUGCCGCCAUGCCCAGCGCUACGGCUGCCAGCGAGAGGACAGCUGCUCCUUUGCCCACUCUGUCAUAGAGCUCAAGUGCUGGAGGCUGCAGCAAGACUCUGGCAUCACUCAUGAAGAAAUUGUUCAGGAAUCCAAGCGACACUGGCAUAAACAGGAGCAGAUCACGCACAAACCCAAGCCGGUGUACAUGCCACCACCAUCUUCAUCCUCAAGUGGGGGAGGAGGCUAUAGCUUGAACCUGAAGAGGAAGUUUGUUUGUGGUCAGUGCUGGAGGGACGGGCUGGUCAGCGAGCCGGACAAAGCGCUUAAGUACUGUGCAGCCAAGGCCAGGCACAGUUGGACGAAGGAGCGUCGGGUGCUGUUGGUGAAGUUCUUUGAGGGAAAGAAGUGGGUGAUGGUGCGAACGUUGCCUUUUGCCAAGACCUACCCCCAGCAGUAUGACAUAUGUGCCCAUGUGGUGAAGCAGAAGAAGUGCCACUACAUUGGGAACUGUGCCUUUGCCCACAGUGAAGAGGAGAAGCAAGUAUGGACUUAUAUGAAGAACAAUGGCUUGAAGGAUAUGCAGCAGAUGUACGACAUGUGGCUUACAAUGACGAAUCAAAACCAUCCGCCGGAUGACACCCUGAUCACCCAACCCGUAGAGGAGAAGCAAAUUGUCAUGCCAACCGACUAUGCCGAGCCAAUGAGCGGCUUCCACUGUCGUCUGUGUGGGAGGCAUAGUAACAGCGAGCGCCAGUGGCAGCAGCACAUCUCCUCAGAGAAACACAAGGACCGUGUAUUCAGCUGCGAGGGAGAGGACGAGAGCCUCACCUGGACAUACCGCUUCCCCGGACUCCGCCUCGCCCUUUGUCCCAGGCUGGAGAGUGGCUGUCCUGAGGGGGUGAGCUGUGACUACGCCCACAGUGUUGAGGAGCUGGUGGAAUGGCAGGAGAGGCGAGAAUUCCUGCGGCGGAAGCUGGCCAAGGCCCGUAAAGACAUGCUCAUCAGGCCAGAUGAGUUUGACUUUGGGAAGUACAACUUUCUCCUGCAGGACUGAAGCCCCUGACACUUGCACCUGUAAAUAGACAGCAGUCAUCUGUUUUGUUGAAAACCUUGGGAUGUAUUUUCUUCAUUAGUUAACAGUUAAUACAGUUUAUACCUGUUUGAGCUGG